AUGUCAUCAGUAUCGAAUUCGAAUUCUUCUGAAUCUCACGGCACCAAUGGGUAUUUCUGCUAUGGAUAUGAUUCCUGCAGCAUCACCGGUCCUUUGAAUACCCCCUGGUGGAAGGCUGAUCUCCAGAACUCGUAUUUUGUGUCUACUCUCAUCGUGAAACCGAGAGACGACGGCUACGACUUCAGCAACAUAGAGAUACGAUUUGGGAAUUCGCCUACGAUCAGCCAGAACCCAAUACUUGCCACCUACCUGGGAUCGACACCUCCUGCUGGAACUGUCCUGACUUUUAAGGCUCCACACCCAAUGGAAGGAAGGUACCUCUCUAUCCAGACAUUUACGUUCCCAUUCGCUGUUGGUAUGUGUGAAGUGCAGAUCAUUGAGGCCUAA